AUGUUGCAGGGCUCGGCUCCAUCUUUAAGGCGGGCGCCCCUCCCGCGGGCGGUGCGCAGCCGGGCCCCCGCGUCCUGCCGCCCGGCGGCUCCCCUGGUCCCCGCCGGGCUCCAUUUCCUUCCCUCCCCCCCGCCCCUGUUUGCUGGGCGCCGUCCUCCUCUUACCGGUUACCAGGCUGCUCCGUCACUGCUUUCGUUCGCGCCUGGGAUCUCGCCGCAGUUUUAUUCUCUCCCCCACGCGCUCCCAGCCCGGCGACAGGCAGGCAGCGGCCGACUGAGGAGCGCCAGCCAGGGAGCAAGCGCCGAGAGCGCCCGGCCCCGCACGGAAACCGCCGAGCGCUCACGGAAAGCGCCGAGCGCCCGGCAGGCGGCGGGAACGGCCGAGCGCGCCGCCGGCCCCCGCGGAAAGAGCCGAGUGGCCGCGGAAACGAACGAAGCGCCCCGGAGGGGGAGGCGGAAAGAGCCGAGCGGGCGGCGCGAAAGCGCGAGCGGCGCUUCCGCCCCGGGGCGGCCCGCGCGGGAAGCACCGAGCGGAGCUGCGGGGGGAGUGGGGGGGGGGCAGGGCGCGCGCUCACCCCCCUCCCCCCCUCUCACCCCUCCCGCCGUGCGCGCGGCCGAGGCKGCCGGAAACUCGCGAGCGCUCACGGAAGCGGCCGAGAGGACCCGGAGGCGCGUGUCGGAGCGCGCGCCCGGUUCCCCUCAGGCACCCGCGCCCCCCGCCCGUUUCAGCGCAGAUUCACAGAAUCCAUCGGGCUGGAAAAGAUCCCUGGGAUCGUGGUUUCUCUCCCUCCCCCUCUGCCUUUCCUUUCUGCAGACAUGCCUGGAAUUGGAGCGAUACCUUCAGACUGAACCGCGGAAGAUCUCUGAGACUUUUGGUGAGGAUUUGGACUGCUUUCUUCAUGCCUCCUCAGCUCCAGAUGCAGAGGACAGUAUCCGACGGCUGGACCCCAUCCUUUUGCCGGUGGAGACGAGUACAUGUGACAAAAGCACCAACAUGGACAUUAUUCUGUCACGUGACAAACUGCUGUCUGAGACGUGCCUCCGCUCGCAGUCCACCAGCUCUUCCACAGAAGGCUACACAGCCGUCAAUCAGGCCCAGCUCAAUGCAGUAACCUCAUUAACCCCUCCUUCCUCUCCAGAGCUCAGCCGCCACCUCGUAAAAACCCCACAGACUCUCUCAGCGGUGGAUGGCACAGUGACGUUGAAAUUGGUAGCCAAGAAAACUUCACUCAGCUCGGUGAAAGUGGGUGUAGCAACAGCAACUGCGGGGACAAUAAAAAGUGGGCAAAGUGACAGUGAGCAAGGAGGUACAGGGACAGAAACAUCCCCAGAAAAUAAGAAGAGGGUUCAUCGCUGUCAAUUUAACGGGUGCCGGAAAGUUUACACAAAGAGCUCCCACUUAAAGGCUCACCAGAGGACUCAUACAGGUGAGAAGCCUUACAAGUGCUCGUGGGAAGGGUGCGAGUGGCGUUUUGCACGGAGUGACGAGCUCACGAGGCAUUACAGAAAGCACACGGGUGCAAAGCCCUUUAAAUGCAACCAUUGUGACAGGUGUUUCUCCAGGUCGGAUCACCUCGCCCUCCACAUGAAGAGACACAUCUAAMUGUCAGUCAGCUUGGCAUGGAUGUCAUCUGGGCUAAGUGUUGUGAGAUGGAAGUGGAACUCAAGUUACAACGUGCUACCUUACAGGAGAAGAGAACUUGAUCCCAUGUAAUCCUGUGUACAGGGACCACAUGCUCACGCUGUCAUGCACCCGGUUACACUUCAAUACAUACGUCRGUUCUUUUAUGCCUUGCCCCAGCUGGAUGGGAGAAGAUGCAGGCGAGGAAAUGGUAUAGAGGUGAAAUCAGUGAAAAAGAACAAUKGCUUACAGUACUUCAUCCCUCUUGGAUUUGUUUCCUGUUUUUGCCAAUGGAAAUCAAAGAAAACGGAGGAGGCUUCCCUGCAGGUGGACGGCAAUAGGAGGGGCUUAUCUAACUUGCUUCUCAGYGCAACUCAGUAGAAGAAUAUGACGUCUUGAAGUUGCAUAUUUGUAGCACUAACUUUCUUUUUAAAUAGGUGGGGGGAAMACAAUGACCUAGAAAACCAAAUCCCAGUUUGGUAGCCAAAAUUAACCUCUUGUUUCUUUGUUCUUUGUCUGRGAAUUCCUAAUGUUCAGUGCAUCAGACUUCUCACAGACACUUUGAUCUGUCUUAGUUUUGGUUCUUAUUCCUAGAACUGAGCUACUGAGAUCCUUUUAAGUCAGUACCAGUGGCCUUAAUGGCAGUAGAUUGUGGAGUGACACUUGUGACACAAAUAUCCUCUUUUUGACCUGAGUUUAUGUAGACUCCACAGAGGAUUAUAUUUUUGUUGGUUGUUUUUAUUUAUUUUUUUUUUUGGCUAUUGCACAAGAUAUGCACUAGGGACUCUGGAAGCUGCUGCCACGAUGGCUAAGUAGCCAAGGGAUAAASCCCUGAGAUACAGCACCUAAUAUCUCUGUAAGCCUCACCUUAUUGCCAUAGCUAGGACUUCUUGUUUAUUUUUUGAACAAAAAACGUUAAAAGCUUGUUUGGAAGCUUAAACCUUUUUUCUCUUUUCUCCACAAACAAGUGAUCUUCAGAACUCCUUGUCUUCACCUGGAUAUCAGUCUGGGACUGGCCACACAGGCAUGACUACAGGAUUCCUUCUACAUCAUGUGAGCAUGUUAGCCACAACCCACGGUGAUUUAGUGGUGAAUUAUGUURCUUUUUCUUGCAGUUCUUCUAUUAAUCAAUUUAAAACAUUUGACUUCUCUUGUGUAAAGAGCACCUGCAGACGUUUUCAUUUAAACAUAAUGUUUGUUGAGCAUCUUACACACAAAAAAAACCCCAAGCCAAAAAUCCUAUUCCAAUCUCUGAGUAGGAAAUCAAGAACCUCUUCCAAGUACAAUGGCUUCAUUCAGCAUUAGCCCAUUAAAGAAAUUAUCAAAGUCCUGCUUUUCCAUUCAUCAAGAUKAUGCUGUAGCCCACUCCUAUAUGAAAAAAUGUAACCAUGUGAGCGGUGAUGGAAGGGAUUUUACAUACAGCAGUGAGGCAUUUCCARAUGAUUGGUCUAAAGUAUUACUAAGCUAGAGGUCCUUUUUGGCCUACGGUGUGAAUCAUCAAGGAAAAGUGAAGGUCUCAUSCUAAUCCUUCCAUCCUAUUGAUAAUUUUAUUUCUUUGCCUCAAAGUGGAUUAAAGUCUUCAUUACAGAARGAAAAAAAUCCCUAAAAAAUGUAUUGUCAUAACUUGUGUUUGAACAUAUUUGGCACUGGCCCUGACUCCAAAGACUGCAUUUAGGACCAUAAAAACGGCCUAUGCAAGCAGGCAGGUGAUCAUUAGGUUGUAUAUUUUGUAUAUUGUGGGACCAUCCUUACAAGAGGUGUCUAGAAAUGCGACAAAAUAGCGCAUGAUCCACAGAUGGUUGCUGCUCUUUUAUAAUGUAUUAACCAACUGCCCUUCUUUGACUGUUUUGACUCAUUGACUGUUAAAUAUUUCCCUUAAUUUAUGUUUUGGGAGGUAAAAUUGGACUCUUAAGGGGGAAAAGGAGCAAACAAGAAACUCAAUAGAUGUUUAAGAGCUGUCACCGGGAUCCUUGGCACUUGAAUUCUCAGCAUUUUGCAGCCUUUGGUUCCAGUGAGACAUUGAAUUURUUCAAAAGAUGCUGGUUUUCCUCACAGUUUUCACAAAACACUGUGACUGUCAACUGAACACUUUGGGGACGGGGGGAGAUACGAUGUCUGGCCCAUAUGACAUGAAAUAUGGACCAAAAUCUAACCAUCUUUUAGGGACAAUGAUGUAAUAUUCGUGAUUAGAGCAUGAGAGAGAGUGAACGAAAGUCAGAAAGAGAGAACAAAAAUUGAAUUUAUUCCAAAGAUUUAAAACUAACUAUACUCUAUAUGUGUAUAUAUAUAUCCUUAUAUAUAUAUAUGUAUACAUUUAAAAAUUGCAGAGCAGUGCUUGUUGACAAUCUCAUAUUUCUCUACUUCUGUAUUUGCAUACUUUUUAUGGCCAUUCCACCCAGCUGUUCCACUGGGACUGAGAGCCCUAGAAUCCGAUUUGUGUUGGAAUAUAUAGAGCAUCCUGCCAGAUCACAGAAUCACAGAGUAUCCUGAAUUGGAAGGGACCCACAAGGAUCAUCAAGUCCAGCUUCUGGCCCAGGACACCCCAGGAAUCCCACCAUGUGCCUGAGAGCAUUGUCCAGACGGACAAGCUUGGGGGCUUGGGGGCUUGGGGCUCUGACCACUUCCCUGGCAAGCCUGUUCCAGUGCCCAAACACCCUCUGGGUGAAGAAUUUUAUCCYAAUGUCCAGCAUGAACCUCCCCUGACACAGCUCCAUCCCAUUCCCUUGGAUCCUGUCACUGGUCAGCAGAGAGCAGAGAUUGGUGCUGCUCCUCUGCUGCCCCUCAGGAAGAUGUCUAAUGGGAGCAGAAACCUCAGCUGUGAGAAACUGUAGAGCAUCCAGUGAGUGCAUUAGAUUAGAAAAAGUAUAAGAAAAUCCUAGAAUUUCCUUUCUUAGUGUCCUACAGUUUAUACUCUCGAAUUCUCCACUGCGCUGUUAAUUGGCUGUGAACCUGCAUAAAUAUCCUCCUUUGUCCUCUGAACACACCUGCCUUUAGAUGUGUUAUCAGUAGUCUACAAACCUUAAUUAUUAAGUCUAUACUAGACUCCAGUUKUCAUUUAUGGUCUUGUUGGCAUCUUAUUUAAAUAUGCCAGAACAAGGGUCCUAAUGGAAAAAAAAUGCUGAAAUACAUGUUUACUUUGUUCUAAAGGCAGGCCUAUAUCUAAAUCACAGAUCCAAAUAGCCUAAAAAACAUAAAAAGAAGGGAGGUAAAAGGCAGAUUUCAAAUUUCUCAGGCUUUGUAGUGGGCCUUGAACUCUGAAGCCAAAAUCUGAGCUUUGGAACCACCUCUUAUGUUUAAAAAGGGAGAUAUUUUUUCACCUGUAUAUAUGGUGUACUCAGUCAAUCUCUUGACUUCAGUUUUUGGGUGCUCAUAUGCAAAUGUCUUAGUCAUUACUAAAAUCUUGAAUUGUAGCUUUGGUGUUUUAUAGAAGGAGUCUCCAUUUUGGAAAGACAUAAUUAGUGACACAUUCCAAGACUGKUUUUUUUACAAUGACAAAUUUUGUUUCUUUGCAGAUAUUUUAARCUGUACACUUCAAACUUAUGUGGUCUGUUAUAGUUAGUUCCUUUUUGGGCCCAUGUCUCCUUGCUGAAGUUGUACACUUGUCCUCUCUCUGUAAAUUAUUAGUAGAAUCAGACUAAAGAGGAAAGGCUCUGUAUAAGGUUUUGUGAGAGCAAACUCAUAAACAAAUGAUUUGAUGACAGUUGAGGACUGAGUUAUCCAGCUGUAGAAAGGAGAAGCUUUACCUUGUGUCAUUCAAUGCUAGAUUUUAGAAAGGAGAAGCUUUACCUUGUGUCAUUCAAUGCUAGAUUUAUACCUAUCUGCAAAACAGAAGCCAUUAUAAGAAAGUCCAAUAGAGGUUUCCAAGGCUGUGGAACUAUAGGAUGAAAACAAAUUGAACUAAAAGUCUCACAAAAUAGUGGAUACAGAGGAAGCAACUAAAACAAAUGUGUGUUUUUGUGAUUAGCUAAAUAAUACUUUGGAGCAGAGCAUUCAAUCAUAGAAUCRUGCAUGUGGAAAGGGGCCUCCAGACACUGUCUUAGUCAACCUCCAACUAGAGCUGGUUGCUCAUGGCCAUAUCCAGCUGUGUUUUAAAUCCCCAAGAAUGGAAAUUCUGCAACCUCUCUGUGCAAGCUGUUCAGUAUUUAAUCACUUCUAUAGUAAAAAAAAAAAAAAAGAGAUCUGUGUGUCAAGUGGGAAUUUUCCAUAUUCGAAGCUGUUUUCAGUGCCUCUUCCACUGUGCACCUCCAAGAACAGUCUGGCUUCUCUACAGUCUUGGUUAGGUAUUUGGAGAUAGCAAUAAGAUCUACACUUACCCUUCUCUUCUUAAGGCAGAAUCAUGUCUCUGAGCCUCUCUUCAUCCAUCGUGUGUUCCACAACCUGCAUGGUGACUCUCUGCUAGACUUCCUCCAAUAUGUCAAUCAUUUUCUUAAAAUAGGGAGACCAGGACAGAAUAUUCCAGAUCAAGAUGUGCUUUGUAUGUUACAGUGUUGAUAUAAUUUAUUUAUUCUGGAUUUUUUGAUUAUCUAAUUGAGACAACUUACACUUGAAGACAAGAUUCUAUUUUGAAAACUGACUAAUAAAAAUAAUUCAGGAAGCACCAGURUAAGUAGUUUUCUAAUCAAAUUUGCUGAAUCUUUGCAUACAAAUAUGCUUAUAGAAGUAUACUCCUAUACUGCUGGCUUGAGGCCUGGCAAGUAAAAUUCUGUUUUUCUCAACAUGAUCAUUGAUGGUUUACUUUAAACUAAAAAUUUAUUGUUUCAUUUGUAUUAUAUCAAAUAUAAAGACAYAUGAUGUUGUAUUUUAGUCACUUUUUAUAUUAAAACAACACUUCAGUGCAUCUUUGUUCAGUUUGGUUUUCCCCUUAGGAGAUAAAGAGCAACAUAAAAUACCAUAUCUAUUUUAUAAAGAUUGGUCUAACAGAAAAGUGGAAUGCAGAAUCCA